AGCAUUCUAUUCUAAACUUUUAAAUAAAUCGCAUCAUUUAUUUCGUGAUCAAUUCCGGAACGGUUUGAAUUAUAUUAGAGUUACGGUAGAUGUCAUAAGUGAUUGUUUCAAAUUGUAUGUACUUAUUGUGAAUUGAUAAAGUAACUGUACAAUAGUAAAAAAUUAUAUAAUAUCAGUUAAAACGGUAAUUGAAAAAGCGAAAAGUGAUUUUUUUUUUUCGACUUGAAAUAAAUUUUCGAUAAAUUUUGAGAGGAAUAAAAGGAUUUAAAUGGCUGAAGAUCAAGAAUCAGUUCUUCGUAAAGCAUUUCAAAUGUUUGAUUCAAAGAAAUGUGGUAGAAUCGAAAAAGAAAAAGUUCGAACGAUAUUAAAUACACUUGGUCAUAGAUUUGAUGAUACAGAGCUUGAUGAAUUAUUGGAUGCCGAAGAUGUUGAAGGUGACGGAAAAUUAAAUUUUGAAUCAUUUUGUCGUGUCGCAUAUCAUUUUCAAGAGGAAGAUGAUGAAGCAAUUCAACAGGAAUUAAAAGAAGCUUUUCGACUUUAUGAUAAAGAAGGUAAUGGUUUUAUACCGACAUCAUCUUUAAAAGAAAUCUUAGCAGCACUAGAUGAUCAAUUAAAUAAUGAUCAAUUAAAUGAAAUGAUCGCCGAAAUUGAUACAGACGGUUCUGGAACUGUUGAUUUUGAUGAGUUCAUGGAGAUGAUGACAGGCGAUUAAAAAUAUGAAUUAAAAAAAAAUUUACACUUAAAAAUUUUUGCGUUCAGAUUUAUGAGAAUGAAAAGUGAUUAAAAAUAAUAUUAUUUUUUUUUUGUUUGCUGCUGUUGUUACUAAACAAAAGAGAAAAAAAAUUCAAAAUGGGAUUUAAAUCGAAGUGAACUUAAUACGACCUUCGGCUUUUAUCACGUUUUCUCUUUUCAUUUUUAAGUAAAUUAUUAUCCUUUCGAUUGUUUUUUUUUCUGUAUAUAUUAAUAUGGUAGUAUAAUAAUGGUAUAUGUAUUGGAAUUUAUUGAAUUUAAUUAUUGUAAUAAUUUAAUUUUCAUUAAAAUUGUAAGUGCUGUUAAUAUUGUAACAAAAAGAUUAUAUACGUAAACGUGUAUAUUGUAUGAGAAUAUAAAAUAAAUACAAGGGGAAAAAAAUAA